AUGGACUUCGAUGCUUUUGGUGCUGACAGCGCACUGCCCUUCCCACAGAUCGGGGCUGGGCCAAGCAGGAAGCGAAAGCGAGGCGCAGGCAUUAUGGAUGAAAAUCGUGGGUGCUUCGCUGCCGAUUGCAGCGAGAAGACCUUGCUUGGCAAAAGAUGGUGCAAGUCUCACAAUCAAAAGUAUGAUGCCAUGAUGUAUCAGGCUCGCAAAGCCGGCGAGGUUGAGGCCAUGAGUGAGGUCAUGGGCGAUGAGAACAAAGCGCAGAAGGCCUUCGACGACUUUGACAAAGAUUGCCCAGAUGAUGUUCGCUACAAGCGACGACCCUUGAUCCAGUGGAGCACCUUCCGCAGGGUUCAUAGUGUGGGCCGUGUCGAAAGGGACAGGAAGGGCAGGAAGCCAUACGAGCAGACGGAGUGGCAGAUCAGGGGUGAGAAGAUCAUGGGAUGGUCAGCCGCUUUCACGAAGGCGGAGUGGGAGAAGCAUAAGAAGACGUGCGAGAAGGAUUACUUGGGAGCUGGGGGUUGUCUUCGCCUCUGGAUCCCCACCAUCGAGGAGAAGCAUGAUGACAAGGAGCGAUCUGUGAGCAACCAGCUGAUUGAGUCUGGGGCCCAGGAGAAGCGGCUAGCCCAUAAUCACCGCGAGGUCCUGAUGGAUCACCUUCACACACCAUGCGAUGUUCCGGAUGUUGAUGUGAACCUCAAGGUGCCUGAGAAGGAGUGCAGCGGCAGCAGCAGCUCCAAGAUGAAUGGAGGUGAGAUUGUCGAUGCCGAUGCCGCCACCCCGACAAAAAAUACUUCAGAGUCCAAGCCCAAGGACGAGGAGACGCCGGAGGACUGUUGCAUUUGUGCACUCAGUGUAAUCGUGAAUCUUUUGAUUGGUGCCUCACUUUCACAUGUUCACGAGAAGAAGAAGCAGAAGCGCUUGGAGAAGUUGAAGAGUGGCCCCGCCUUCGUUGCCCACAGGAUCACAUCUGUCGGCAAAGCCAAUGAGAAGUUGAAGCAAAUUCUGGCAGCUGUGAAGGUUGCAGAGUCCAAGCUCACGGACGCGAAGGUGGCCCUGAAUGAUACGGUUCUUGUUGGCGCAGAUGGUGCAGAGGAUGAGGUGAUUGUCAGUUACAAGACGUCCUUGGCCCGUGCCUUCCAGAUCUGUGCUUCAUUUCAGGCGGUGCCAGACUUGCCUGAGAACGAAACUCCAGACUCCCAGGCGACAAAGGAUGCUUUGGCCAUCAAGGAGAAGGGUUUCCUUGCAGCAGUGGACGCAAGCAACGUGAGCUUGGGCAAGGAGAGAGGGAACUUGCACUGCUACUUCUACUUGGCCAACCAGGCAAAGUUGUUGAGGGAGACAGAGAUCAUCACUGUUGUGGAGGAGUUGAAUGACAACUUCAAGACUGACUUUGCCUCCGUCGACAAGCUUGUCAAGGCUGCUACAAAGAUCGCUACCGAUGUCAAGUCCUACGUUGCGCAGAAGAAGAAGAAGGCCGAGAAGGCUGAGAGUCAAAAGAAGGCCAAGCAGGAAAAGCAGGCUUUGGACCAGGCGGCUGCCGUCGCCAAGAAACACGCUGAGGAGAUCAAAAACGGCAAGCUUUCGAACCAUGCAAUCUUCGCCGUGGCAGCUGAGAAGUGGCAGUCUGUUGCGAUCCGUGAGCCAGGUUCGGCCGUCAAGGAAGGUGACCUUGACCUUCCGUGGAUGAUGAAGUCGCCAAGCUCCGUGGAGACGUGGCGGAACACGGCCAAGAUGAGCAUCAAGCUCAGUGAGUUUGCUGGCUCAUACAAGCGCACCCCAACGUACAAGUCCGACAAGCGUUCGCAAGCUAUUGUGGAGGGUGGUGCUGGAAAGGAGGAAAGCGAAGCCCUCCUUUCGAGUCUUGUCUCCUUUGCCACGCUGGAUGUUUCCAAGGUUCAGGGGGCCAGCUCAGCAUUGCAGUCGAUCUGGUACUGGGGCUACGAUCCAAAGAUCUCAGCCGCCAACUUGCCACCGAAUGCAGCGGCGCGGCUUCAGGUCUUGGUCAUGGGCGAGCUCACCGUCAUCACCUUUGCGUUGACAAAUGUGGUGGAGGUCAUGAAGGAGACAAAGCCCUUGACGGAUAUCACGUUGGAUGCCAUCAUGGCCUUUCUCCUUGCGGUCAAUGAGAGCUCCCCGCAUUGGGCCAAGCUGAAGGGUUACUUUGCUUUCCUGAAGGCCGACGAUGUGUUGUUCGUGCCAGCAG